ACGCGAUAAAAUUGUGGCUGGCCUGGCACACAAAACAAUAUUUUUCGCACACAAAACACAAACUCUACAAAAAUCCAUUUUAAUUCUUUGACUUGCUCCUAAAUACAUUUCUAAUGACUAUUGUUUCCACCGGCGGUUGCUCCUUCGUUGCCGUUUGGCCAUGUGGCUCCCCUUAUAAGGGAUCUAAAAGAAGACCAAGAACAGCUACUAGAGCCGCUCUGGUGGAGGUAAGGCCUAGAGCGCCGCCGGUUCUGAGGAGUGACGGGUCGGCCACCCCUGUUUUCGCUUGGGACAGAGCCGAAGACCUUCAAGCCGAAGCCAGAGCCAUGGCCCGUGCUGCUAAUGCCACCGUUUACAGCCCUGAAAAUCUUGCCGGGAAAUACAGUUCUCGUCCUAUCCAGGUGUUCAGGAGGACGCUGGAGAUAUUGGUAGCACUGGGUUCUUUUGGGGUGAAACUUCUGAUAGACCAAAGGAAUGGUGUUCUUGAUAAGAAUAAGAGGAAGCGUGCAGCUGAGCUCCGGAAAAUAUUCACCCGAUUGGGUCCAACUUUUGUCAAAUUAGGUCAGGGUUUGUCCACCAGACCUGAUAUCUGCCCUCCCGAGUAUCUUGAAGAACUCUCGGAGCUUCAGGAUGCCCUGCCAACUUUCCCAGAUGCAGAAGCAUUUGCAUGCAUUGAGAGGGAGUUGGGGUUAUCACUGGACUCAAUUUACUCAUCCAUUUCAGCAUCUCCAAUUGCGGCUGCUAGUUUAGGCCAGGUUUACAAAGCUCAGCUUAAAUACUCUGGUCAGAUUGUUGCGGUAAAGGUUCAACGUCCUGGUAUUGAAGAAGCUAUAGAGCUUGACUUUUACCUUGUAAGAGGUCUAGGAUUUUUCAUUAAUAAAUAUGUUGACAUAAUCAGCAGUGACGUUGUUGCCCUCAUUGAUGAAUUUGCACGCAGAGUUUAUCAAGAGCUCAACUAUGUGCAGGAGGGACAAAAUGCGAGGAGGUUUAGAAAGUUGUAUGCUGAUAAAGAGGAUGUCUUUGUUCCGGAUAUCUUCUGGGAUUAUACUAGUGGCAAAGUAUUGACAAUGGAGUGGGUUGAUGGAGUCAAGUUAAAUGAGCAAGCUGCCAUUGAAAGACAGGGUUUGAAGGUUUUGGAUUUGGUGAAUACAGGUAUCCAGUGCAGUCUCAGACAGCUCCUUGAGUACGGAUAUUUUCAUGCAGAUCCUCAUCCCGGCAAUCUCUUGGCAACGCCUGAGGGAAAGCUUGCAUUUCUUGAUUUUGGAAUGAUGAGUGAGACCCCAGAAGAAGCACGAUCUGCUAUAAUUGGUCAUGUGGUUCACAUGGUUAAUCGGGAUUAUGAAGCUAUGGCUCGUGAUUACUAUGCUCUGGAUUUCUUGUCACCUGAUGUAGAUGUUUCUCCAAUAGUACCAGCACUUCAGAACUUUUUUGAUGAUGCACUCAAUUCCACUGUUAGUGAACUGAAUUUCAAAACAAUUGUUGAUGGUCUUGGUGCUGUUUUAUAUCAGUACCCAUUUAAUGUCCCAGCAUAUUAUGCAUUGAUAUUGAGGUCACUUACUGUACUAGAAGGUUUAGCCCUGUAUGCUGAUCCAAAUUUCAAAGUUUUGGCUGCUUCAUAUCCAUAUUUUGCUAAAAGACUUCUCACAGAUCCAAAUCCAUACCUUAGAGAUGCUCUUAUUGAGUUGCUUUUCAAGGAUGGGAGAUUUAGGUGGAACAGACUUGAAAACCUCCUUGUUCAGGGAAGAAAAGAUAGAGACUUUUCUGCAAAAGAAGCUUUACAACCUGUUCUUAAGCUAUUAUUGGGUCCAAAUGGUGAAGAGCUCAGGACUUUAGUUAUUAAGGAGUCUGUCCGUGUCACUGAAGCUGUUGUUGUGGGAUCAAUGGUUGAUACAUACAAUUUUAUCCCUGAUGUUAUGCGGACUCUUAUUUUUAAUGGCAAUGCUAGGGCUUAUCUUGCUAUGAGUGAAACUGAAUUGCAAAACAUGAUACAACUUCGGGACCAAGUUUUUAGGAUAUGGGGGCUUAUGCAGUCAUCUGAAAAUUUUGAUCCAGCAUUGUUGCAGCCUAUAUUACAGGUCCUACAACAACCCGAGGCACGCAGUCUAGGAAGUCGUGUUAUUGGUGGGAUCACUCAACGACUAGCAGCACGGUUACUGCAACAGGUUCUCAGAACUCCAGCAACAACAACAGGUUUGGCUUCUAUUUCAUAAGCAUUGUUAACAACUUCUGAAGUAUAUUUUGUAUAAGCAAAAGUUGUUUACCAUUCUUUGUUCCAUCAAUUGUUAAUAGCAAAAGAUAACAGGAAAAAAAAUGAAGCAAAAAUGAUACAACUUUGACGAUGGUGAAUGAGUGUACAAAAGAAGCCUUAUUCGAUUAAAUUUUAUUAUAUUAUAUUGUAAACAAACUGUACUAGUUGAUGAAAUUACUCAAAACUUGCAUCCAAGUUUCUAAUUUUAAGUACUUUAUGAUCGUAA